GAAGACGAGUCGUAGCGUUUCCAUGAGGCGUGCCCAGGCCGCACUGUGGAUUAAUCAGAUUUCUGGCAACUUGAGAGGAACAUGCCUGACCCAUCGAAGGGAGUGGCAGCAGGAGUAACACAAGUUCCUGCAGCAUUUCCUGACAGCUUUGGGCUCUGUGUGGAAAUCCGGAGACUUGAGUCUGUAAAGUAGACGGACCGUGCAGUUAGUCAGAUCGUAGCUCAGCAUUGGUACAGCGCCGGGGGUCCCAGAGGUGUAGUGCACGGGUCUGUAUAUUGGACAGCACUUCACUGAGGAGAUGGCAGUUACAGAAGAUGGUUCAGGUGUAGCCAUGACUGAGGAGAAUGCCCCCCAGCUUGUGGAUUAUUUUGUGGUGGCCGGUCUGACUGACACCUCCAAACCCCUGGAAGAGGGCACCUCGAAACUGGCAAGGCCCGUCGAGCCCAUCGUUGAUGUGGCAAUCAUCAUCCGCUCGCAGGGUGAGGAGGUACCUGAGGGAUUCACCUGCAUCGAGACCACUCCAUCCGGACAGUCUGCUGAUCUCAACUGUGGCCUCCUCAGCACCUCGCACAUGUUCCUGUGUUACAGGCGCAGCAGAGAGAAAUUACCGCUCAUCGACCUGGGGGUCCUGUGUGAGGGCAAAGAGAGACUGAAGCCGGGAUGCAGAGUCAUCGAGACCACUCCAUACAGUCGGGCAGCCCAUAUCAGCGGAGGGGGUACGAGCCUUCAGCAGCGUACCUUCAUCACGUACCGCAGAGCCACAGAGUGCCAGGCACACAGCACGUUGGCGGUGACUGACAUCUGUAUCAUCAUGCCCAGCAAGGGCGAAGUGCCCCCACACACCUUCUGCAAGGUGGACAAGAACCUGAACGCUGGAGUGGUGAGCAUUGGCACGGGGGAGAUGGCACAGGGCUCAGUUUGA